UGGCCGGAAAUCGUCGCUGUCAGAGCCGUUGUACACAGAGGAGAAUGGCUGGGUUGCUGAAGAAGACGACGGGCCUUGUCGGCCUGGCAGUAUCCCAGAAUCCUCAUGAGCGUCUGAGGAUUCUGUACUCAAAGAUCCUAGCAUCCGUACAGGCCAUGCCACCAGACGCAGCUUACAGGAAGUACACUGAGCAGAUGAUCAAUGAGAAAAUCAACCACGUCAAAGCGGAGCCUGAUGUAGAGAAACUGGAGAAGAAGAUCAACUGUGGGCAGAUUGAAGAAGUCAUUUUCCAGGCGGAGUGUGAGCUGGCUCUAUCCAGGAAGAUGGCAGAGUGGAAGCCCUGGGAGCCACUGGUUGAGGAGCCACCUCCAAACCAGUGGAAAUGGCCCAUCUGAGUUCACUUUGUGUAUACAUGCUGUGUGUGUGUUUUCCAGUCCCCUGCUUCUAAUGAAGUACUGUACAAAGUAAAAGUCCUGUAAUAGUCCCAAA